CGGACCUUGGGUGCAACAAUGACUUCUGCAUCGGGUGAAAUUUUGGCAAAAGGAGAUGAUGAUGGAGCUGGUGGAGUCAGCGAUGUGACGGUUAUAUUCGCGGUGGAAGUAGGUGACAGGUGUAAAGUGAGCGGAUGUGUGUGUUCUGCUUGUUCGGCAGAGGGUGUAUAAGCAGGGUUGGGAAGCGCCCUGAUUUGAGAAAGGAGAUUAAGCUCCAGGAAAUUGGCAUGUAGUUCGAUGACUGUGGACAAGAAUGGUCAGUAUAAGAUACCCACGUAUUCCACAUUAUUAAUUACAUACUCUCCCAGUCCGCUGGGGUCAAUGGUUCGAUGUUGACUGUAUGGGCAACCGGCGGAUCCAAGUGUAGAAGCACACCAACCUAAAGAUUGACGUCAAUGGAAACCCUUAUACCUCCAACAAUGAGAGGGAACACGGGAUAUCUGUAUACCUUUUGUCCGUCACUCAAGCCCAGUACCCUUCCAAAGGUUGAAUCAAUUUCCAACACGGCCACAUCCUGGUCCUUUGGCUGCCCCCUUGUGCCAUUGAUACCGUCCCGUGUCACAACUGGUGCCAGCUUCCUCUUGCUAGGCAUACCCGUCCAACCAACAUGCGUUGACCUCUGCACUGGCUGUCCAUUCUUCCCAGAAUCGGAGGUGGAUGUAGGUUUACCGCGGUGUUGUAGCUCGACAAUAACGUUUUGCGCAGGCUAAUUCACAAUAAUUAGCGAUCCAUCGUAAGCCAUAGAAUUCCAUUUCACUUACGGUAUUUGCAUUGACAAGCAACGAAACCAGUGGUGAGGGCAAGUUGACCAGGCAGCUCUUCAGGGGUACCAGCGCAAUCUCCGCCAAAGUUGGGGUCCUCUUGCUGGGAGCCAUAACUGUAGAAGAAACUGAGAAAACAACACAAAAGAACCAGACAGCCUGGGACAGAUAAGGAGCUGCGCAAAACGUGGUAUCAUCAAACAGGCCAGAAACCGCAAUGCAUCCUUCUCCCUCGUCUGCCAGUCCGUCAGUCCGUGUAUCUGC